UUCACUUGCGUUACAGUUAAAACGCGCAGCCCGCGUCGCCAGUCAGCCGGUUGCUCCCCGGUCGGUCGCAGGUGCCCAAAUACUCCGAAAGCUGCAUCUGACGGCUGAUGCCCGGACCAACUCACUCUUCACGUGCCUUUAGUUCGCUGCCUGUUUUUGGAUAUGUGCUUUAUAUGACAAAUCGCUGCAAUUAAAGGUUGGGUUGCAGGUAACAUAAGUCGCCAGUGGAGCCGCAGGCUGAAUGAUGAACCAUUUCCUCGACAAUGUCUCUGAAUUUUAUGAGAUGAUUUCCGUGCUGAACUGAAGAAUUACCAGCACAAUAAAGACAUGGGUCUCGGACAGUCCAGCAAAUCACCUGUCGCCUCGGACACUGAAGAGGUGAAUUUUGACCACUUCCAGAUCCUAAGGGCCAUUGGGAAAGGUAGUUUUGGAAAGGUCUGCAUCGUGCAGAAGAGAGACACCAAGAAAAUGUACGCCAUGAAGUACAUGAACAAGAUGAAGUGUGUCGAGCGGAAUGAGGUCCGGAACGUCUUCAAAGAGAUGCAGAUCAUGCAGAAACUGGAGCACCCCUUCUUAGUCAACUUCUGGUACUCCUUCCAGGAUGAGGAGGACAUGUUCAUGGUGGUGGACUUGCUCCUGGGAGGGGACUUACGGUACCACCUCCAGCAGAACGUGCACUUCUCAGAGAAAACAGUCAAACUGUACGUGUGUGAAAUCGGCCUGGCGCUGCAUUACCUGCGGAACAAGCGCAUUAUACACAGAGACAUCAAACCAGACAACAUUCUCCUAGACGAACAUGGACACGCGCAUCUCACAGACUUCAACAUCGCUGCCGUGGUAAAGGACGACUUGCGAGCCACAUCCAUCGCCGGAACAAAGCCAUACAUGGCUCCCGAGCUGUUCCAGCCCUUUGAGGGGACCCACCCCGGGUACUCGUUUGCGGUGGACUGGUGGUCCCUGGGCAUCACAGCCUACGAGCUGCUGCGAGGCCAGAGGCCAUAUGUCAUGCGGUCCAGCACCCUGGCCAAUGAUAUCCUGCAGACCUUCCACAACGUCCCAGUCAGCUACCCGUCCGCCUGGUCUACGGAGAUCAAGCACUUCUUGGGAAAGAUGCUGCAAAUCGACGUGGAGAAGCGGCUUUCUAGCCUGUCUGAGCUGAAGGAUCUGGAAUACUUGUCCGACGUGAACUGGGACGGCGUCCUCGCCAAACAGAUCCCGCCCGGAUUCAUUCCCAAUAAGCGUAGGCUGAACUGCGACCCCACCUUCGAGCUGGAGGAGAUGAUUCUGGAGUCCAAACCGCUUCACAAGAAGAAGAAGCGUCUGGCGAGGAAAACACGGGAACAUGGACCCAACAGCUCCCCCCAGACGGACAAACUGCAGAAGCGCCUGGAGAACAUUCAGAGAGACUUCAUCGUCUUCAACAGACAGAAAUUACGGAGAGCCAAGGAAGAUGAAGAGGUCAACGACAUCAGCACGAAAGAAAACUAUGAUAUCACGCAAGACGGACAGAACAAUAACAUAGACCCGGUUGACUACAUAUCAGGAUAGGACCUGAUGCGUUAAUGCCCCUGUCUUACCUGUGUGUUACCUGGCUACAGCUCCUAAAAUCGACAUCGCUGCCCCCAUUGCUGGAUCCCCCGAACAUGCCUGACCAGGACAGGGCGGGAAAUGUGACCUGUUCAGCUCGCUGGACCGCGAGGUGCCCGGUCUGAUUGGAUCGGCUGCCAAAAACACUCCGCCUUGGCAUCACUGAGGGAAAACCGCGCUCAGGAAUGUCAUUUGGUUUUGACUCGGCUUCAAUCCGUGCUUUGUAUACAUCUCCGCAAUCUCAUUUUACAGUCAAAUGCGCAGUACUGUGUAGAGCACGGGUGUCCAGACUUAUCCAGUAAGCGCCGGUGUGGGUGCAGGUUUUUGUUUUAGCCUGGCACUGGAAGACCAUGAUUAGAAUCAGGUGUCUUAGUGCUGGACUAAAACAAAAACCUGCACCCACACCGGCCCUCUUUGGAUAAGAUUGGACUCUCCCUGUAUUUAUGGUCGGGGGUGUAUUGAAAUCUGGCUCCUCAAGGCCACACUCUCAGAAAUGAAGUGACAGGGAGAUACAUUUUUGUUCAGUAAAGUACAGUAGUGUUUUCGUUGGGUACAAAUUAGUGCAUUCUCCAAGCAAAAAAAGGUACAAAUUCAUUGUACUAUAUUUGGUAGGGUACAGUUGUAUGUACCUAUAGGUACGGCCUCAAGCACUUUUCACACACUUUCACUUCAUUUCUGACAGUGUGGCUGUGCUGCUGGUCUCCAGUCUUCCCUCUGAUCUGAGUUAAACUCAGGUUUAAACAAGGCGAGUUUAAUCUCUGGCUAAUCAGGGGAAUUGAUAAAUGAACUGUCAGGUUGAAAAGAAAAGCAGCCGUAGGCUACUACUUGCCUGGUCGGCCUGAUUUGAGUAUCACUGAAGUAGCUUUGCACUGUAAUAUCAGAAGCCUUGUUUCAAUGUCUCUUUGAAAGUCGGUUCCUUAAAUCUGUUUCGAAACUGUCCUUUGUGUACACAUCAUCAACAUAGAGAGGCUUCUGAUAUUUUAAAAAGGAAAAAAGAGGAAGAAGAGUCAUUUAUAAAAAGCUUCACUUUCCAUGCCCAUGAGAGACGCCUUAAGUUUCACUAUGAGCGAUGUUUUGUUUUGCUAGCGUUUCGCUACCUAUUAGCAGAUGGUGACAAAUCUGUUUACGUAACUUUGAAAGCUGUGCUUUGUGGGAAAACUUUCCUUGACAGAGAAUGAGGAAAGACUGCAUUAACUGCUUAUGUGUAAUUCAUCAGUUGAAUAAAUAAUAAUUAAUUGGUGAAGUAGGUAGGAAGAGAAAAGCAUACAUUUUUGCAGUAGAUGCUAUUUAUAUAUAUUCGGCACCAAUUAGAGCAAGGGAUUUUUAAUUGCUAGUAACUAGCAAGGAGUUGUGAGAAAUACCAUUGAGGGGCACUGUAAAUACUUGUUUGUACCGAGCGUGAUCUUUGUAAGUGAAAAAAAACAACAACCAACCAUGUAAACAAUAUAAUGUUCACUGUUGCACUGAUAUGAAACAAAAUGCAGGCAAUAUGUUUAUUUCCUGCAAAAUAAAUAUAUUUAAAUUC